AAUCUAAAUUUUGCGGCAAUUUUCGUUCUCUAUGUUUGAACUCGAAAAAAAAAAAAUUCUACAAAUUUUCUCUGGUUUUCUCCUCUCUUCUCUUUUGUAUUUUACCGCGAGCAAGCCAUUUAUUAAGCUUCCAUCGGUGGGAGGCUCUUGGUGGCGUUGUUCUGCAGAAUCAAAAUCUCGGGAAUUGCUUGGAAACUCUCUGUUCUUCAACCUUUUCUGAUUCCUCAUCGGUUCAUUUCUGCUAAAAGAUCGGAUAAUUUCACCUGAAGAAGUUUGUUGUGAUAGUGAUUUUCUUUAGAAAUUGGUUUAAUUAUGGUCACAGUGGAGAAUGCAACAAAUAAGAAAGAAGAGCGUCUACCUCGAGAAGCAAGGGAGAUUUUGCAGUCGUUGGCUACCAAAUGGGGAGAUGAAAUUGAUCCAAGUGCAUUGCAAAUGAUUCCUUUGAAGGGAGCCAUGACCAAUGAGGUCUUCCAAAUCAAGUGGCCUACUAAGACAGAGGAUGUUUCUAGAAAGGUUUUGGUUAGGAUUUAUGGUGAAGGUGUGGAAGUGUUUUUUAACCGAGAAGAUGAGAUAAAGACAUUUGAGUUUAUGUCAAAGCACGGACAGGGACCUCGGCUUUUAGGGCGAUUUUCAACUGGUCGAAUUGAAGAGUUCAUCCAUGCAAGGACAUUAUCUGCUGUGGAUCUACGUGAUUCAGAAAUAUCUUCUCUUAUAGCCGUUAAAAUGAAGGAGUUCCAUGAUCUUGAUAUUCCAGGUCCGAAGGAUGUGUGCUUGUGGAAUAGGUUGCGAAAUUGGCUUACUGCUGCCAAAAAAUGUUCCCCACCUGAAGAAGCCAAAGCCUUUCGCUUGGAUUCUAUGCAAGAAGAGAUUUCUCUAUUGGAAAAGGACCUCUUGGGUGAUCAUCAAAGUAUAGGUUUUUGCCACAAUGAUCUACAGUACGGAAACAUAAUGCUAGACGAGGAGACUAGAUCAAUAACUAUAAUCGAUUAUGAAUAUGCAAGUUAUAAUCCCGUAGCCUUUGACAUUGCAAAUCACUUCUGUGAAAUGACUGCUGAUUAUCAUACAGAUACUCCACAUGUUUUGGACCACACCAAAUAUCCUGGUUUGGAGGAGCGUAAAAGAUUUGUGCAAAUAUAUCUGAGCGCUUCAGGUUAUCAACCCACUGAUGCUGAGGUUGAGCAAUUAGUCCAAGAUGUCGAGAAGUAUACUGUUGCUAGCCAUCUUGUUUGGGGCCUCUGGGGAAUUAUAUCGGAGCAUGUGAAUGAUAUCGACUUUGAUUAUAUCGAAUAUGCGAGGCAGAGGUUUGAGCAAUAUUGGUCUAGGAAACGUGAUCUUCUGGGAAAGGAGAGAAUGACUCGUGUUUAGUUGGGUGAGUUUUUGGUUCCAUGUGAAAAUAGGUAGGAAAAUUUGUUUAUGGUUUUGAAGGUUCCAUGUAAUGUAAGGUGUUAUGAUUCCUUUAUUGACUUUGUGAAAAACUGUUGUAUUUGACCUCCCAUGUUGAAGGGUCGCUCCAUAUGAUUGUUGUGUAAAAGUAAAUGAACAAAGAAAUUUUCUGCCAGACCAAGAAUCUGAAUCAGGAUGAUGUUAAUAAAUCCACUAAUAUGCA